AUGUUCCGAUCAGCAUUAAUCCGCACUGCCGCCGCGGCUUCCCGCGCUGCCGCCCGCCCCGUCGCCCGCGCCCCCGUCUCCAGAGCUAUCUUGGCCGCCCCUGCCGUCUCGAGGGUCGCCGCCUUCAAGACCGUCCGCCUGUACUCGGCCGCCGCUGGCCUGAAGAAGGAGGAGGUCGAGGGCCGCAUCAUGGGCAUCCUGCAGGGCUUCGACAAGGUCAACGACACCACCAACAUCAAGCCCACUGCUCACUUCUCCAACGACCUGGGUCUGGACAGCUUGGACACCGUCGAGGUCGUCAUGGCGAUAGAGGAGGAGUUCAGCAUUGAGAUCCCGGACAAGGACGCUGACGCCAUCCACAGUGUCGACAAGGCCGUUGAGUACAUCUUGAGCCAACCCGAUGCCAACUAA